GGGUUUACGUAAUCGUCAUCAUCAUCGUUGUCCUUGUAGCAUGUGAUUGAGACAGUCUUUGUUCUUAAAAAACACAUUACAAUUUCUGAGAUCUAACAACAAUAAAGUUCAAUCUAUCGAUUUUCAUGGCUUCUUCUCCAAAUCUUGAGAAAAACCUCUCACUAUUAACUCCGGACCAGGUAGAGCUUGGGAUGAUGUUGCUGGAAAUGGGACAAGCUCACUUGUUUGAUAGUUGGCCUGAUCUUGGUAUUGAUGAUGAUCACAAAAAAUGUUUUUUUCAUCAGGUUGCUCUUCUUAAUUCAAGCUAUCCCGGGGGUUUGGCAUCAUAUAUCAAGACUGCUAGAGAACUUCUGGCAGAUUCUAAGGCGGGAAAGAAUCCAUUUGAUGGCUUCACACCUUCUGUCCCAGCAGGUGAAAUUUUAACAUUUGGCGAUGAUAACUUCAUCAAAUACGAGGAGACUGGUGUCAAGCAAGUGCAAUAUACUGCAUUUGUACUUGUAGCAGGAGGGCUUGGGGAACGUCUUGGAUAUAAUGGAAUUAAGGUUGCCCUUCCCAUGGAGACAACUACAGGAACCUGCUUCUUGCAACACUACAUAGAGUCUAUUUUAUGUUUAUCUGAAGCUAGCUGUAGACAGGCCCAAGGUGAAUGCCCCAGAGACGUGCCUCUAGUCAUAAUGACUUCAGAUGAUACACAUGAACGCACAUUACAUCUAUUAGAAUCAAAUGCUUAUUUUGGGAUGAAAUCAACACAAGUAAAACUUUUGAAACAGGAAAAAGUCGCUUGCUUGGCUGAUAAUGAUGCCAGGCUUGCUGUAGAUCCAAAAGAUAUAUACAAAAUACAGACAAAACCUCAUGGCCAUGGUGAUGUUCAUUCACUUCUUUAUAGUAGUGGCCUUCUUAGAGAAUGGAAAGAUGCUGGUUUAAGAUGGGUCACGUUUUUUCAAGAUACGAAUGGACUUCUGUUCAAGGUAAUUCCUGCAGCUUUAGGAGUUAGUGCCACGAAGGGGUACCAUGUUAAUUCUCUUGCUGUUCCUCGCAAAGCUAAAGAACCUAUUGGGGGCAUUACAAGGCUUACUCACGCAGAUGGAAGGGAAAUGGUAAUCAACGUGGAAUACAAUCAACUAGAUCCUCUGCUUAGAGGAACAGGUCAUCCUGAUGGUGAUGUCAACUGUGAAACUGGUUAUUCUCCAUACCCUGGAAACAUAAACCAAUUAAUUCUUGAGCUUGGUCCUUAUAUUGAUGAGUUAUCAAAGACUAGCGGUGCCAUAAAGGAGUUUGUUAACCCCAAAUAUAAAGAUUCGACAAAAACUGCUUUCAAGUCCUCUACUAGGUUAGAAUGUAUGAUGCAAGAUUAUCCUAAAACAUUGGCCCCAUCAGCAAGGGUUGGCUUUACUGUGUCAGAUCCAUGGCUUGCAUACGCACCUGUUAAGAACAAUCCCGAUGAUGCUGCAAAGGUACCAAAGGGAAACCCAUAUCACAGUGCCACUUCUGGAGAAGCAGCAAUUUAUCGAUCUAACAACAUGAUUCUAAGAUUGGCGGGUAUCAAAGUAGAUGAUCCAGUUUCGCAGGUAUUCAAUGGCCAAGAAGUAGAAAUUUGGUCCCGUAUUGUGUGGAAACCAAAGUGGGCUGUUACAUUUGCUGAUGUUAAAAGAAAAGUGAGUGGGAACAGCAGUGUUUCCCAGAGAUCUACCUUAGUUAUUAAAGGUCGUAACGUUCUUAUUGAAGAUCUCUCACUAGAUGGAACCCUUGUUAUCGAUUCAGUUGAUGAUGCCGAGCUGAAAGUGGGAGGUUCUGUACAAAAUUAUGGGUGGACAAUUGAAAGCAUUGACAAAGAUGACAGAGCAUUGCCUGAGGAAAUGAGGAUUAGGGGUUUUAAGAUAAACAAGUUGGAGCAGUUGGAAAAAUCUUAUAGUGAACCUGGGAAGUUCUCCUUGAAGCUAUGAAACUUAAAACAAUUAGUUUUUGUUCAUAAAUUUCACUUUUCAUUUAUAAAUGUUGAUAUUUCAUUUUUCAUUUAUAACAGUUACAAUUCAUUCUUAAA